GUGGAAUUGCAGGACAUGUGGCCCUUACAAAAGAAAAUGUCAAUAUUACUGAUGCCUAUCAAGAUAAUAGAUUUAAUAAAGAGAUCGAUUUUUGUACCGGCUAUCACACAAAAGCAAUUAUGUGUCAGCCAAUACUAAACUUCAGCGGCGAUGUCAUAGGAGUGGCGCAAUGUAUUAAUAAAACAAACAAUUCUUCGCAACAAUCAUUUACAAGACGUGAUGAACAGGUAUUUCAGAAAUAUUUAACAUUUUGUGGAAUUGGUCUUCAAAACGCACAGUUAUUUGAAAUGUCUAUCAAUGAAUAUAAAAGAAACCAGUUAUUGUUGAGCUUAGCAAGGUCUAUUUUUCAAGAGACGUCUUCAUUGGAUGCUUUAAUAAAGAAGAUAAUGACGAGGGCUCAGGGACUCCUCCAAAGUGACAAAUGCCGCGUCUAUUUAGUUGACAUCGAAGGACAACAAUUUCACGAAGAAUAUUGUGAAACAAUGCGUUUACAUAUGAAUAUUGGACAACAAGUCAACAAACAAUUAAGCCCUGAUGAUCUCAUGUUUUCAACUAUUUUUGAACUAAAGAUGGGAAGCAAUGAAAUAUUAAAACUUUCAGAAAUGAGUGAAUUUGAAUCAAUGAUUGACGGAUCGCACGUAUCCUAUGCAAGACAAGUAGCAUCUGUAGGACAGACAUACAAAUGCAAUGACAAAAGUGGCAAAAGUGAAACGAGUGAUAGAAUUAUCAGAACUUUUGCAAAAGAAAGGCCGGGAAUUGUCUUAACAGACAAUGAGAACGAUUGUGUGCUUUCGGUUCCUAUAUUUAACAAUGAGUCGAAAGUGAUAGGAGUCUCACAAUUAGUCAAAACAAAAGGACAACAAUUUAAUGACGUCGACAUCUCUACUCUUGAGGCAUUUUCAAUAUUCUGUGGCUUUGGGAUACAUAACUCAUGUUUGUAUGAAAAAGCACUCAAAUUGACAGCCAAACAGAAAGUAGCGCUCGAAGUGCUCUCAUAUCACGCCUCGGCUUCAAUCGAUGAAACGAAAAAACUUAUGAAUUUGGCGAUUCCUGACGCAAACGCAUACCAAUUAUAUUCAUUUGAAUUCUCAGAUUUUGGUUUGGAUGAGAGGGACACCUGUUCUGCAACACUUCGCAUGUUCUUAGAACUCAAACUUAAUAAUACAUUCAAAAUUCCAUAUCAGAUUCUAUGUAGAUGGAUUCUUAGCGUUAAGAAAAACUAUCGACCCGUUACUUACCAUAAUUGGAGACAUGCAUUGAAUGUCACGCAAACCAUCCGACAAAAUAGUCAAACAAAUACUUUAUGCGACAAUUGGUCUUCAAAGAAGAGUUGUAUUGAAAUACAAACUUCUGAUACAAAAUCGUUGACAACAAAUGACGAAGAAUUACUGACCGCUUCGUACAAACAAAUAGCCAAAGAGGGCAGAAAUUCUGUUACAUCUGAUCUCUUCCAUCAAUUUGUUGAAUGCAAUUCACGAAAAACAAAGAGUGUCAUCAAAACGACCGAUGAUAAAGUGACGAGAGAUGAGUUGGAGGAUAGGCUCCGGGAUUUGGAUGAAGUGGACUUAUUUAUGAAACUAAUCAGUGAUAUCACUAAUGAACUCGAUAUCAAUACCUUAUGUCAUAAGAUUUUAGUGAACGUCAGUAUCUUAACAAAGAGCGAUAGGGGCUCUCUAUUCCUGGCCAAAGGCAGUCGAGAUGACCGCUAUUUAGAGGCAAAACUGUUUGAUGUCACGUCAGACAGUCUUCUGAAGGAUGCAUUGAAUGCCGCCAAACAGUACACCAAUAUUCCACUCCCUUUUGUCUUACGGUUGGAAAUUGAAAAUGAAGAGUAUUGGUCGAAACAGAACCUCAACACCUUUUACUGCUUUCCUUAG